AUGUCGACCUUCACACCCAGACGGACCCUCGCCCGACCACGACCUUCUAUAACUAACGCCUUCAAUAUCAAUACCGCUUCGAGCCCUAACCUUGGCGCCUCCUACACCGGUCAGCUGCUAGUAUCCGCCGCCAACGGUCACAAGACAAACGCGCUUCCGCGCAAGUCGUCCCUGAGUACCCUCACCUCCGGCUCCCUCGCCGCCAUCCCUGAUGCUAGCAAAGCAUACCCUCUAAGCACCGUGCUGGAUGAGAAUUCGAAUUCCAACUCCCACAUGGCGAACACGAUGGGCCCUCCGACGCCGUGGCGUGGAGGCGAAGGCAAUGACAAUAGCCUCGAGGUGAACGACACGGUCGAUGUGCCUGGAAACAUGUAUGGGUCGGUCAGAUUUAUAGGCAGCGUACAAGGCAAAAAGGGCGUGUUUGCAGGCGUCGAGCUGAGCGAGGAGUUUGCAGCGCGCGGGAAGAAUAAUGGCGAUGUUGAUGGCGUAUCUUACUUUACAACCUCUAUUCCUGGUUCCGGUAUCUUUCUCCCGGUAAAUAGAGCUACCAGGCGUGAGUCCCAGUCCUCGGGGGAGGGCUCUUUCCCUCUCACGCCUUCGACUCCAUCGGCUGGCGGCAGUUUCAGGGUAGCAGGCCAGGGAUCGAAUGCGUAUACCCCGCCAACUCCUUCACUACCAAAAUUCAGUCAGUCAGUUGGGCCCGCUAGAGCACCAAGUCCUCAGUUUAAGAAGUCACGGCCAUCUCUGCCCCGCCCCGAGUCGCCUUUGCGGAGGCCAAUGAUUGGGGCCGGGAGACCAUCCAUCGGGACGCCAACGGCAAAAGCACCUGCAAGAUAUGCUAGCCCGGCUCCUGGAAAGUUUGGGCAGAGCGUGAGGGGGACGAAAGACUCUGGUGAUCCGAGCAAGAGAAUAGGAUAUACGCCCCGAACGGGAAUGCACGCAACCAUGGGCCCUCGAAGUACUUCUGCCCUGGGACAGGUUAAGUCAAAUUAUAGCGACGAUGACACGACGCCUAUUGGAGUGGCACGUACGGCCACCAAUGCAAGCAUCGGCUCUGUAUCCUCAUUCAACGCAAAAAUUCGGCCGGCGUCGCGGGCGGCAUCCCGAGCAGCGUCCCGGAUGAACGAUGAUGAGGCCGACCGGUUACGAGGACAGUUAGAAGAGCGUGAUAGACAACUAAAAGAGCAAGCAGCGAGCUUGGCAGAAAUGGAAAACAGUCUGGCUGAAGUGCAAUCGUUAAUGGGAGCCGCAGAUUUACCUAGCAGACAUCAUAGAGGCAGUCUAGAGGAUAAGGAUGCUGGGCAGCUGCGUGCGAUGAUGCGGGAAAAGAACGAAAAGAUUGCAAUGCUGACGGCAGAAUUUGAUGCCCAUCGAGCUGAUUUUAGGAGCACUAUUGACACCCUUGAGUUGGCUAGCACCGAGACUGAGAGAGUGUAUGAGAAGCGAGUUGAGGACUUGAUACAAGAAGUGAGAGAAUUACAGGAACGUAGCGAGGAUGUGGAUAGUGUUGCACGGCAGCUCAAGCAACUGGAAGAGCUGGUUCAGGAAUUAGAAGAAGGGCUGGAAGAUGCAAGACGAGGAGAGGCUGAAGCUAGAGGAGAAGUGGAAUUCUUACGCGGCGAGGUUGAGCGCACGAGAUCAGAGUUACGUCGCGAGCGUGAAAAGGCUGCUGCUGCAUUGAACGGGGGGGUCGUGAACGGCGAAUCCGGGUCCCUGUCAAAGGAAGUGGAACAGCGAGAUGAUGAAAUUCGGGGCUUGAAAGCCAUCAUACACUCUUUGAGCAGGGAUGCAGUUCCAGAUACUACGACUUCGAAUCCAGACCUCCAGAAAACACCAACUCAACGCCAAGGUAGCUUUACUCGACUUCGACAGGGUAGCAAGGGGAGCAAUGGAGUCGACUCUAUGGACGACAAGCUAGCUCGAGAGAAACUUGAGCGAGAGCUCAACGACCUUCGUGUCGUUGUCGAAACAAAGAAUAAUAGAGAAGAGGAGCUUGAGCGUGAGCUUGAGCGAAUUCGCAGAGGCAGCGCCAGCACUGCAACCACUCAGCGCGCCAGUGCUAUGACUAUUGGAAGUUCAGGAACCGUGACCCAAGAUCACUCAUCUGCUCGAGACUCGAAGGGGACGGUUGGAAGUUGGCGGGAGCGAGAGUUACCCCGGUCCCCUGAAAGCCACAGACGUGGCAAUACACUGGAGACUAUGCCAGAAAGCGAUGCAUACUCAUCCACUAAUGAGAGUUUCUGUGAGCUCUGUGAGACCUCGGGUCACGAUAUCCUCACCUGCACAAACAUGUUUAGCUCUAACGGCCAAAAUGGCAGCGGUAACCACGCCCAAGACGCUUCUGCUGCCCACCAGCGAACGGGCAAGGAUAUUGCCAAGGAAGCACUGAAGCCCCCCCCAGCCGAUGAAUACCAACCCGCUCCACUAUCACCAUUAAAGAAAUCACAUGGUCCUUCGCACGCAACUCCCGUCCGAAUCAUUCCGAAUCCCAUGGAGUCCGGCCCUGUUGCUGGCAAGGAAAGCGGGGUUGUGAAUAUGGACAAAUGGUGUGGAAUCUGUGAGAGGGAGGGACAUGAUAGCAUUGAUUGCCCGUUUGAAGACGCAUUCUAG